CGGUGAGUGAAUGAAGAGCAUUGAACGGGCUGCAUUGUUUCGUUGUCGUAGUAGUCUGUGUGAUUCGUGGUCGAAAAGCUACUUACAACUAAGUAACGACUUGCUAUACUGCAAGUGUUCCGGUGAGCUGCGAGUGAUUGUCGGCUAUUCAACAAAAACAGUUGUUAACAUGGAAAUGAAUAAGAAAAGUGGAAGUUAUAACGUUUUGCCACAGAAAGAGGGGAAUGCGAAUAUACAAAUCGAUCAAGAUGUCAUCCAAACUUGUGAAGACAUUCGUGGUAUGGAAGAAGGUCGUAUAACCGAGGUACACCUCAACAACACUGGAGAUAACGCUAUGGAAAAAAUGGAAAUCGAGCUUGAAGAAAUGCUUGACGAUGGGCCAGCAGAAAACUGUUGUACCAGGGGAAUUGAAAGGAUCCAGAACACACUACACAAGUGGUUCACAAAAUACAAACGCUAUCUGUGGUUAUCUACAAAGGUUCUCCUCUUUGCAAUGUUCGUGGCUUAUUUCGUGGUUGCCUUGAAAUAUGAUGUAAACAAUGCCAUAUCGCUGAUCGUGUUAACAAGCUGCGUUAUAUUUUGUGUUAUGUACGCUCUUAUCAGAGACCAUUUUGGUGACAAAGUGUACCGUGUAUGUAUAAAGCCAAUCAGACGGUUCAUCAUACAACAUUACAACAUAGUGAGAUGGUUAAGCGGUAUUGUUGUGUUGGUGCUACUUAUAAUUUGGAUUGCAGUAGACACGUCGAGGAAUCCAACAAAUAUGCUGUCACUAGUCGGACUUGUUACCAUCAUUUUAUUCUGUUUCAUAUUCUCCAAGCAUCCCUCUAAGAUUCGGUGGCGGCCAGUCAUAUGGGGGCUGGUGAUCCAGUUUUGUCUGGCUAUAAUCAUCUUACGCACUCAGUGGGGAUUUGACGCUUUUAAUUUCCUCGGAGAAGAAGUUCGUGUAUUCCUUGAUUACACAGACGCCGGUGUAACGUUCGUAUUCGGGCCGCAGUAUUAUCUUCACAGAUUCGCCUUCAAGGUAUUACCUAUCAUGCUUUUCCUAGGUUCUAUAGUUGCAUUGUUAUACCACGUGGGCGUGAUGCAGGUGGUUAUCGGCAAACUGGCGUGGUUCUUACAGUUCACCAUGGGAUCAUCAGCAACAGAAUCUAUGAACUCAGCCGGGAACGUCUUUCUUAGUAUAGCAGAGGCACCUCUCAUGGUAGCACCGUACAUAAAGAAAAUGACACUAUCUGAACUUCAUGCUGUGGCGACUGGAGGCUAUGCGACUAUAGCUGGAAGCGUCAUGGGUGCUGCUAUUGCAUUUGGUCUCAGUCCUUCGUACCUAAUCACCGCCUCAGCUAUGUCAGCACCUGCAUCUUUAGCUAUAUCUAAGCUGUUUUACCCGGAAACAGAGAAAUCACCAUCAGACAAAAAAUCGAUUCAAAUAAGUAUACCGUAAGUGACUUCGCAGCUGGGAAUUUUUUUACAAUUGUAGCAAUUGUAUCAUAAUCAUGGGCC